AAGGAAAACCUGUACUGUGUUUGAACGAGAGAAACCUGAACUCAUAGUACUCUGCAUGAACAAAGGACCCCUAUACUUCUACUACUGUAACUAGAUUUCAGAUUGGUUGGUUGAAACCUAGAAUACCAGGAUGCGGAGCUCGACUGGCAAGUUCUACGAGGAGGACGAUAUCCAUGAUGAGGAGGAGGGGGAGGAUGAUGAUGAUGAGGACAGUGAUCUCAAUUCCCCUCUCAAGCUAAGAGCUGAACUGGAAAAUCUUGAUGAGGAUGAUUUCGCUGAGGUUCUAGUUCCAGCUCCUCCUGACGGAGGCUGGGGGUGGGUAAUCUGUUUCGCCAGUUUUUUCUGUAACCUCAUCCUGGACGGUAUAGCAUAUUCAUUCGGAGUCUUACUGGGACCCUUGGUCAAAUAUUUUGAUUCUGAUGCUUCAACUGUAUCCUGGGUUGGAAGUAUUCUUUGUGGAGUUUAUCUUAUGUCAGGACCAAUUGUUGGAGGGUUAGUGAAUAAGUACGGCUGCAGACCAGUCUGUAUAGCAGGAAGUUUAAUCGCCGGAACAUCAUUUGCUAUCUCUAUCUUUGCCCCUAAUGUUCCGACUCUGAUGGUGUUAUACGGAGUUUUCGGCGGUUUUGGAUUAGGUUUGGUUUACCUACCUGCGGUAGUUGCUGUUGGAUAUUAUUUUGAAAAGAAACGUGCUCUCGCUACAGGUAUAUCUGUGUGUGGAUCUGGAGUAGGAACCUUUAUAUUUGCUCCGCUUGCUUCUUUCCUCCUAGACACCUACGGGUGGAGAGGAGCAAACCUUAUCUUUGCUGCUUUAUGCUUCCAGUGUGCGGUAUUUGGAGCUUUGAUGCGUCCUCUUCAGCUAACAGUACAGAUGGAUGAACAGGACGCAGAGGAAAAAUUCACACUGAACCUUCCAGACGGAAGUAGUCAAAACCAUACUGCCAUGAAAGAUGAUGGGGAAGUGAGUACUGUGCCAUCCCUCCAUAUCGACCAGGCCAUCACUUCCUCACCAUCCCAUAGACUUCUACCCCUAACCAUGAUUGAACUACCAACCAUAGCGGAACAGUCCGUCACAGCUAAUACAACGACUACAGAAGACUACAAGUCGGUACAGGACGUCUUUCCGAGUAAGCUGCCGGCUAGGAAAAGAUCUAGAGUUAGAACAACCUCGGAAUCCACAACUCAAAAGUUUGUGGUCUCGGCGGUUAAAUCGCCGACAAAAGAAAAGGAAACUAAAAUGACAAGAAACCAGUCCGCGCCACAUUUUAUGAUUACUCAUCGUAACUACAGUACAACAUUCACUCCACUACCCAGGGUUGGAUCUCAAGCUGGAUAUUCUUCAACAGGUUCAGGAUCUAUUUCACAAAUGACCGGGGUAGAUGUUAGGCGGAGCACCACAAAGCUGGCGGUGAGGCCAAUGGCCCGGAAGGAUAUUUUUUACACUGGAUCCGUGAUGGCCCUGCAGGACGAACAGGAGGAACAGGACGGCAGGUUUACUAACAGUAAAUCUCAGGCUUCCUUCAAGGGUUUGAAGGGAAAUAAACAGAGUUAUGCCUCUAUUUCUGGUCUAAGAUCUAACAAACAGAGUUUUCUCAGUAUACAUAGAGGAAGCCUAGUAAACAGCAGCUUAGCUCUACCAACCAUUGUUGAGGGAAAACGUCGAACCAGUUUUAGUGUUCGGUCAACCCAAUCAGAAAUCAUUAUUGAACCAGAUGGUGGCAUGCUGGUGGCUUUAAAAGAAAUGAUGAACUUCAAACUUUUAAAGGAUCCAUUGUUCUUUUUGAUUGGAGUUUCAAAUUUCUUCGGAAUGAUGGGAUUCUAUACACCUUUCGUCUAUCUUCCUAAUAUGGCAGCACAGUAUGAGGAUAUAUCAGUUGAAGAUGCUUCCUUCCUAAUCUCUGUUAUCGGUAUUUCCAAUACACUCGGCAGGGUUCUUAGUGGUUGGAUCUCAGAUUUACCAUGGGUUAACUCUAUGGUUGUAACAAACAUAGCUCUGGUUCUGUCUGCAGUUUCAGUUUUCUUAUUCCCUUUCUGUGCCAGCUACACUUCAUUCGUUAUUCUUGCACUACUUUUCGGUCUAUUCGUAGCUGCGUACAUCUCCCUAACCAGUAUAGUGUUGGUAGAACUGUGUGGGAUAGAUAAUCUGACCUCAGCAUUUGGCCUCCUUACUUUAUUCAGAGGUUCUUCCUCUAUGAUUGGUCCUCCAAUCAACGGUAUGGUCUUUGAAGCCACAAAAAGUUUCGACAUAAGUUUCUACGCAUCUGGCGGAUUUCUCCUAAUCGCAGCGCUCAUCAGCUGUUUGGUUGAUGUACUUAAGAGAAGAAAACAGAAGAAACUCAACCAGAAAUCGGAAGAAUAAAAUCUCACGGAUUCCAGCGCAAAAUUAUGAGAGUUCUAGAUUUCAAGAAAAAAACAUGUUAAAUAAAGGAUUUUUAGUUAAAAGUCCAGAAGGUUUUAGUCUCAUAAGAAUGGACAUAUACAAAAAAUAAAGUAAUAAAAUAUAUCAAGUAUCCUUUCAA